AUGUCAACUUGGGGUGAAUACUUCAAGGUCACCACUUACGGUGAAUCUCAUUGCCGCUCCGUCGGCUGCAUCGUUGAUGGCUGCCCUCCAGGAAUGGAGCUUACUGAGGCCGAUGUCCAGCCUCAGAUGACCCGGAGACGUCCCGGUCAGAGUGCUUUGACGACCCCUAGAAAUGAGAAGGACCGCGUGGAAAUCCAGUCGGGAACGGAAUUCGGUGUCACCCUUGGUACCCCGAUUGGCAUGAUGGUCCGCAACGAGGAUCAGAGGCCCAAGGACUACGGUGGCAGCACAAUGGACUUGUACCCUCGCCCCAGCCAUGCCGAUUUCACCUACCUCGAGAAAUAUGGCGUCAAGGCCAGCAGCGGCGGUGGCCGCAGCAGUGCUCGUGAGACAAUCGGCCGUGUCGCCGCCGGAGCCAUUGCUGAGAAGUACCUGCGCCUCUCUCACGGCGUUGAGAUCGUCGCAUUCGUCUCCUCUGUCGGCAAUGAAUACCUCUUCCCUCCCACCCCUGAGCACCCCUCUCCCGCCACCAACCCCGAAUUCCUGAACCUCGUCGAGAACAUCAGCCGCGAAACUGUCGACUCCUUCGUGCCAACCCGCUGUCCCAACCAAGACGCUGCAGCCCGCAUGACCAAAGUCAUCGAGCAAUUCCGCGACAACCAAGACAGCAUCGGCGGUACGGUAACGUGCGUGAUCCGCAACGUGCCCGUAGGACUCGGCGAGCCCUGUUUCGACAAGCUCGAAGCCAAGCUUGCGCACGCCAUGCUCAGCAUCCCCGCAACAAAGGGCUUCGAAAUCGGCUCGGGCUUCGGCGGCUGCGAAGUGCCAGGCUCCAUCCACAACGAUCCCUUCGUCGUCUCGGACACCAACAACUCCGGCGGUAUCCAGGGCGGCAUCUCCAACGGUGCCUCCAUCUACUUCCGCGUCGCCUUCAAGCCCCCGGCCACCAUCGGCCAGGCCCAGACAACCGCCUCCUACGGUCUCGAAGAGGGCACCCUCGAGGCCAAGGGCCGUCACGACCCCUGCGUCGUGCCCCGUGCUGUUCCCAUCGUCGAAACCAUGUCCGCCCUCGUCAUCAUGGACGCCCUUAUGGCCCAGUAUGCUCGUGAGAGCGCGAAGAACUUGCUCCCGCCUCUGCCUAAGACCAUCCCGACUCAUCCCACGAUCAAGCCCGACUCCGCAUGA